AUGUCCAACCUGUCUGCUUUUGCCUGCGUGACACCCACGCUGCGUGUGGUGCUGCGCGCAGCGCCUCGCGCGGUUAGCGCGACCCAGACGGGCGCUGCGCCCAGCGCUGUGAGCGCAAGGCGGAGCCAUGGUUCGUGGGCCGCGCCGGCGUCCGCGGCAGCUGUCCUGGGGUGCCGCGGGGCAAGACGCGUGUCAAAGCUGCGGCGGCGGGCUGGCGAGGAGGCGGACACCAAGGGCAGCUUCAAGCGAGUGGAUGCUGCGUGGCGGAGCUCCAUCGAGGAAAACGGCCCCUUCAGCCCCGCCUCCGGGCGCUACCACCUAUACGUAGCGCUGGCAUGCCCAUGGGCAGAUGGAGUGCUCGCCGCGCUCUUCAUGAAGGGCCUGGAAGAUUGCAUCGGCUACAGCGUGACACACCCGACCUGGCAGCGCAGCCGCCCGGAGAGGCCUGAGGACCCUCACAUGGGCUGGGCCUUCAGAAAGCCUGGGGACCCCCCGCUGGCCAACGCACUUGGUCAUGGCAGCUUCGAGUGUGACGAUGCGCUGGUGCCAGAUUCGGUCAACGGCGCUCAGUUCGUCCGGGACCUGUAUGAAAAGGCCGGGGACACAGCUGGCAAGUACUCCACGCCAGUGCUUUGGGACAAGGAGGAAGGCACCAUCGUGAACAACGAGUCCAUGGAGAUCCUUCGCAUGCUGAAUAGCAAGUUCAACAAGUGGGCAAAGAAUCCAGACCUGGACUUAUUUCCAGCGAGCCUGGCAACAGAAGCAGACGCCGCAAAUGCCUGGAUCUACCCCAGCAUCAACAAUGGGGUCUACAGGUGUGGAUUUGCGCAAAGCCAGGAGGCUUAUGACAUUGCUGUCGAGGAGCUGUCGGAAGCGCUGGCGAGGGCGGAGGACUUGCUGUCGAAGCAGCGCUUCCUUUGCGGGGACACCUUCACCUUCAUGGACCUGCGGCUCUUCAUGACCUUGGUCCGCUUUGAUGCGGUCUACGUGGUGUACUUCAAGACCAACGUGGGCACCAUCGAGCACGACUACCCCAACCUGCUGGAGUAUUGCAGGGAUGUGUACCAGAUGCCCGGCAUGGCAAAGGCAAUCAAUAUGCGCCACAUCAAGAUGCAUUACUACACAUCCAACGCAGAGAUGAACAAGUUCGGCAUUAUUCCUCGCGGCCGCAAUGUAGAUUUCACUGCUCCUCACAAGCGCCAGAAGCUCCACGGCUUGUUGGCCGCGUCGGUGGCGUCUGCGGCAGCCCUGGGGUGCCGAGGGGCGAAGCGCGCCUCCAAGCUGCGGCGCCGGGCGGACGACGACGCCUACGGGGCCUCCCACACGUCCUUCUACACCGACGCGGUGGCCAAGGACAAGUACGACACCCUGGAGGAAGUUUUGGCCCAAAAGCUGAAGGAUCAGAAGCUGAAGGGCAUGGUGAACGAGCUUCUGGACGCCUGUGUGAAGAUCACUGAGGCUCUUCGCGUCAACCUGGUUACCGUGAACGAUGCCUCCAAUGCUUUUGGAGAUCGCCAGCUCACAGUGGACGUGAUCGCGGACAACCUGCUGUGGGAUUUGGCCAAGUCAUCCAAGUAUGUCUUCGAGGCAUCCUCGGAGGAAGAACCCGAGAUUGUGAAGACUAAUGCGGACGGGCAGUACGUGCUGUGCUGGGAUCCAUUGGACGGUAGCUCCAUUGUGGACAACAACUGGGCUGUGGGCACCAUCGUGGGCGUUUGGGACAAGUCUACUGGUCUGAUUGGCGCAACGGGCCGAGACCAGGUCAUGAGCCUGGUGGCGCUGUAUGGUCCGCGCACGACAGUCUUCAUUACCCUGGAUGAUGGCGUGUACGAGUUCACCCUGGGUGAUGGCAACGAGUGGAUUUGCUCCAGGGAACAGAUCAGCAUCAAGGAGGAGUGCAAGAUCUUCGCCCCGGCAAACAUGCGGGCCGCGCAGGAGGUGGAGGGUUACAACAACCUCAUCCAGCAUUACAUGACCAACAAGUUCACACUGCGCUACACUGGCGGCUUGGUGCCGGAUGUGUGCCAGCAGUUCACCAAGGGCCAGGGCGUGUUCACCAACCCCACCUCCAAGGUCUCCCCUGCGAAGCUGCGCCUCGCCUUCGAGGCAGCUCCCUUCGGGCGCCUGGUGGAGAUGUCAGGCGGCAAGACGUCGGAUGGCGUGAGCGGCAACAGCGUGCUGGACAUGAAGAUCACGGCGGUGGAUCAGCGCACGGCGCUGGCCAUUGGCUCUGCUAAG